AGCAGUAUCUCCAAGGAAACGCCACUUGCUGCUAUGCCAGGGUGAUGUAAAUACACAGACUGUCAAGUAUUGGUACUACCCUUUCAUGAAGGCCAGACUGAGUGGUGCCCUCAGUACAAGAAAAUCUUAGAAAGAGGUUUUCUUUCAACAGAAGUCAAGCCUUAUGCGGCCAAACUUAGACCGUCUCCUUCACAACAGUUUAUUUUGCCAUUAAGGCCCACAAUGGAAGAGAAGGAAAAGCAUGUGGUUGUGAUGUAUGUACCAGAACCCACCUCAGAUAAAAUGAGAGACUUCAUCUUAGCUGCAUGCACCCAAGCUUUUGACUUUGCAUCAUCUAAAAAUUUAAACCUGGCUUUGCCUGUACAGCUGAGUGAUGGUUUACAAGUGAAAACGUUUAAAACAAUGCUGUGUGCCAUCUGUGAACACAUGGAGAGAGAAGACACCUUUAAUGAUAUAGUGCUGUACAUCAGUGAUACAUCCCAGCUGAAAACUCUGAUGGACAUCAGUAGUAAAUAUCUGAUGCGGUGUGAAGGAUGGUAUACUGAUGUCAUUUUCAGAGAGAGGCCUGAGACUACGAGUGGUACCUCUCAUCGUAUAAAAAUUGCAGUUGACGAGCUUCAAAAAUUCAAGGCUGAUGUUCUUGUCAAUUCUACAGACAGAGGAUUGGAACAUACACAUGCAGCUGUUUCAGGAUUAAUACUGCAAACUGUUGGGCCACAACUACAAGAGUUAUGCCAUUUGUUAUAUCCAUCAGGAAUAGAAGACAGGAUCUUGGCAGUGACUCCUUCUGGGAUAGAUCAGUGGAAGGAAAUAUACCACAUUGUACUUCCACAGACCUGGAAGGAUCAGCAUGAAAACUAUUUGUUGAGUGAGCUGAGGAAACGUGUUCAAGGAUGCCUGACUGUUGCAAGUGCAAAUAACCAUGAAAGCAUUGCAUUUCCCACUCUGGGAACUGGGAAGCUUCUUUAUCCCCCAGAAAAGGUGGCCCACACCAUGUUCAAUGCUGCCAGAGACUUCUUUGCCUCCAUGCCACACUCUACCCUGAAGAAGGUCACUAUAGUAUGUUUCCCAAAGAAUACCGAGAUAAUCAAGGUUUUCAAAGCAGAAGAAGCACUUCACAUUUUCAAGGUGGACAAAUCGUUAAAUCAAGAAGCAAGGCUUGGUGUGGAAAACAGACUGGUACAGAUUGUUGUCCCGAACACAGAAAAAGAAGAGAUUCCAGAUAUAUGUGACAUUGUGUAUGACUUUAUACAAGAAGAUGCACGUAAGAAACAGAAAGGAUCAUUUAUGAAAGACAAAACGAAGACGAAGUCUCUGAUGGUGAUUUUCAAGAAAAAAGACAAGAGAGAGGCUGUUUCCUUGCAGAUAAACCUAAUGAGAGCAGGUUCUGAAGAUUUAGCAGACAUUGUGAAAGCUGUGGGAAAAAAGCUAAGCAAGUGUCUGAAAUGUCUUAUUGUCAUCAUGGCUGUUGCUGAUGUGAGUAGUCUUCGAAGUGUAUGUGAAGAGUUUCAAGCUCAGCAGAAAGCAAGCUCCUUUUGGAACCCUUUCUCUUGGUUAACUGGAGGAAAAUCAGAAAUGAAAUCACCAGUGAAUCCUUCAUUUUCAAAAAGUCCUCCUAAGCAAGAAAUUGGAGUCAUUUGUGUCUGUGGAAAUUCAGGAGUCUUUGAUAAGGUCAAAGCUGAGAUGAAAAAGAUUUUCAUCCCAGAGAAGUAUAGGCAACUUGCUGCAGAAUUAAAUGAUGGCGUUUCUGUUGAUUCAGAUCUUGGUGCAGUAAAUAAUGUGGUAAACCAAAAUUUUGGACAACCUAAAAAAGAGGAAUGCAUUUUGACUAUUCCUAUGGCUGACUUGCCUGGAUUGGAUGAGAAUGCAUUUAAUCCUGUCCUGAAUCCUGUCACCAACCAUAAAAAAGGCUGUUUGACAUUUUCUGUCCCAUUUAAAGAUCUACAGGCAGCAGUUGAUGAUGUUACUGCAGUAAUUAAAUCUGCUGAUAACAUUUCACAGAAAGCGGAUGUUUCUACACUCAGACAGAUUAAGCUAAAUCCUGUUAUAGAGAGAACAGUAGAUUGUCUUGAAUAUGAAGCACUUAAGUACUUGUUAGGGGAACCAUUUAUUCUCACAAAAACAGAUGAGAAAGAUGGAAUGGUCACAUUCUCUAUACCAGCAGACAGAAGUCCUGAAGAUAUUGAUGACAAGAUAGGCUCAUUAAGGCAAGAAGUUGUAUCACUUGAAGGGGCUAAUAUGUCAAACAUUGAAAAUCCCAUUAAUACAAGGUCUGAAGGAGUGGAAGCUUUCAUGAAAAUCAUACAGCAAGAAAGAAAGGUGGUGAUAUUCUGCUUUGACUACAAUAACAUGAACAAAGCCAAGCAUUUGUUGCAAGUUAAGACUGGAAAAAUCAAGACUACAAGCAGAGCAGCCAGAAAGUUUGGCGAGGGACUAGCCUCAAGUACCUCACAGCAGCCAUCAGCUGACAGCUAUUCAAAGCCUGCAGAUCGCCUAGAGCUGAACACAAAGUCUGGCAUCAAGAUAUAUGUGUACAAGACAGACAUCACAAAGCUGCCUGUAGAUGGCAUUGUGAAUGCUGCAAACAAUAAUCUUCAGCAUGGUGGUGGGGUAGCAGCUGCUAUUGCCAAAGCAGCAGGUCCUAGCCUAGAGGAGGAAGGUGAUGACUACAUCAACAAACAUGGUCCUCUGAAAGUUUCACAGGUCAUAUCAACAUCCUCUGGAGCUCUGCCUUGUAAGACAGUCCUUCAUGCUGUGGGACCACGAUGGGAUGACUACCAAGACAAGAGGCAGUGCCAGCAGGACUUGGAGCAAACUAUCUUUAACUGUCUGGAAACAGCCCAUAACAUGAAAUUAGGAUCUCUUGCUGUCAGCUCUAUUAGCUCAGCUAUUUUUGGAGUUCCCAAGAAUGUGUGUGCUGAGAUGUACAUGCAAGCAGUACAAAGAUUUGAUGACCAUCAUGGUGCUGCAUCUUGUGUGAGGCACAUCCACUUUGCUGAUAUCAGUGAUGAAAUGGUCUCUAAUAUCCAAGCAGUCUUCACACAGAAAAUGAAUAUUGUUGCAUCCUGCCAGCAUGGAGAUAGUAUGAAGGCAGUCAGAUCUUUGGAUACAGCACAGCAGAACUCAUCAGACAAGAUGCAGGAAGAUCCUACUGUAAGCAAAAAACAACAGAACAAAGGAGAGACCACACAUCCAGACAGUUCUGUUAAGGAUGCACAACAAACUGCAAAAGACAAGAUUCCAUCAACACCAAUUGUAGCUAGUACUCAGCAGAACAUGGCACAGUCAGUCACACGUGUUGACAGCACACAGCAGAGCACACACUCUACAGCAUUAGCCCUGACAUCUGGCCUAGAUUUCCACAGCACAACAAACCUUAACAAAGAACCAGCUGUUAAAGUAACUCAGAGCAGCGGAGUAUUAGGACUUGAGUGGACAAUUUGUUUUCAUGAAUUGGAGUAUUUUAUUGGGCAGCAAGACAUUUCUCAGAUAACCACUGAUGCUAUUAUCUUUUGGCAUAUUGAUGGAAGAGUCGUUGAUGAAAGAUCCUUAAAGAAACUGGUCAAAACCAGUGAGUUCUCAUCAUUUAAAAAAAAACAGCUGGCAGAAGGAAAAAUACAUACUUUCCAAGGAAGCAGAUGUAAAUGGCUUGUAUUUGUUGUUGUGCCACCACUUAACAGAGGUAGCUUGGAAAAUGUGACAUCAAUAGUAGAAAAAGCUCUACAAAAGGUUGAUAAUCUUGAAGCAAAAUCAGUGGCCUUGCUCCACUUUCCACAUUCAAAAGAGGUCAGAAAGGACAAUGAACAUCAAGCAGAAGUCUUCUCCUCAGCAUUAAAAAAGCUUGCGGGAAGACCCCAAAAAUCAUUGAAAAAAGUCUAUAUUGUGAAUUUGGAAGAAGAAUUUAUUUCACUACUUGGAAAAGAAGUGUUAGCUUCUAUUCAGAGGAAUGAUCAUAGAGUACAUGGAUAUCUGAGCAGAGACCAGGAGCAGCUUACUGCUGAAAAUCUGACUGAGGCUGAACUUACACCUAGAAAUGAAAGAGGUGACACAGUUGUUCAGGAGUCUGCAGUGUAGCUAGAGUAAAAGGUACAGAAAUGCAGGCCUGCUUCUUAAGGAACUGACAGAGUUCAUGAAACAGAGAGCUGAUCUGUAUAUUGUGAGCUUUAACUGCCACUAACUGAUAUAUAUACAUAUGAAAAUACCGAUAUAUAGUCUUGGAGAUAACGGGACACAAUAUUUUCACUGGUAUUUUAAUUCUUUUGACUUAGAAAAAAUCGAACAUAAAUAUAAGAAAGCUAUGUGUAGAGAAAUAGUGCUGAGAUUAAUUGUUUAGGUGAUUAAGUGUUCCCUAAUGUUAUGUUCAAAAUCAUUCAUCUGCAUUCCAAUCCUGUGCAGUUCCAUCAUUUUUGCAAUGGGUGGAAAAUUUUUUAAAAUUGUUAUCUUCUUUAUGACAUCCAGUUUGUUUUUAUAAUGGAUGUGAAAAAUGAAGAGACAAAAGAAUGGUCACUCCAUGUGAGGUCCUCAGAUAAAAAAUUUCAUAGUAACACAAACAGCUAUAUAAAUACCUUUUUGUGCUUGAAAGAUGUAUGCAGAAAAUUGUGGUAGGUACUUCCAUUUUACUUCCUUGAGGUCUGGAUGUAGGAGGGGGAACAACACCAAGUGACCCUCACAACACAUCAUGCCCUUAACAGUCCUAGUAUGUGCAUGCAAACACACACAGAGAAACACACACAGCCUAAAAUAAUGUAAGCGCUUUAUGUGUCACCAAGAGUGAUAUGUGUAAUAACUAGCAUACUGUGAAUAUGCAGGCAUUUACAAAAUCUGAAAGCUGUUAAAGACAGAAAGUGUGGCUCAUUUCACAACACUCAGAUCUCAUCUUGGACGUACUGUUCUUUCUCUGUAUUUGGCCUCUAAAGAGCUAGAUGCUUUGCUGUGAUAUAGCCUUAAUUGCUGGCUAACAACAUUCUUCUACCCCAUCAGUCACUCAAGUUAUGAACUAGUUAGGGAAAGGUCUACAACACUCUCAUUUAUAAACACCCAUGACAAAUUGACAUGAAUUUCAAUACUUUGACAGUCAAUGCAAAUGACAGCUACUAAAAAUGUGCUUGUUUUUAUCUGUAAUUGUAUGCCACUCAUUAAAUUAGUGUUUAAAAUGGGUUUAAUGCUAGAAAACGAUACAAAUACUUAAUGCUCACAGAAAUGUUUUAUCAAGAAAAUCUCUUACUAAAUGCCUCAUUGCCAAGCUCUAAAUGAGACAACAGUGUUGUAAUAAAAGCUUUGCUAGUGCCUGAUGACCCAAGUAAUUAAAGGGCCUCAAAUAUCCCACCUAUUAGCUCUUUCUAGCUCUGUUGAUUGCUGGAGAAUGUCAUAUGAUGUCAUUUCCAGCUUUCCUGUGAAGUAUUCUCCUUGCCUAAGUAAAGCUUUUUAAAUUUGUCCACAUAAAAGUUUAUCUGGCACAUGGCUGCCCAAUCAGCAAACAACAUGAUGAUCUAAAAACAUUCUUUACAUUGUUAAUAACAUUACUGAAAACAUCUUUUAAAUUUUGUAUUAUUAAACAGAAAUAACCAUUAGUUUUAGUUUUUGCAGUUUAUCUAAAUAUAAUACACCACUAUAUGUGCCUAAUAAUUAUGUUGUAAUGCACUAUAACUAUUUCAAAGAAAAUUUCGUUGUUAGCACGAUUGUAACCAUUUCUCUGCGACUUGAAAAGAUGGGAACUGAAAGAUGUUAAACUGAGCUUAAAUGAGUAGUGCUUAAACAAAUUAUACAAUUUCACAAUUUGUAGUUUAAGCUUUUGUUUGAUAAAUAUUAUCCAUACACCCCUGUUCAGUCUGGUAUUAUUACCAGCAUUUUAGUUUGGGAAUAUGGUAAACUUUCGAUAAUUUCUAUCAUACAUUGAGAAGUUGUAUUGUUGGUCCUGUGUACAUGAGGGUUGGGGAGAGCUAUGUGUGCUGGUAUUAUCUUUUCCAUUAGAAGUAGGGCAGUAAGAAGUUUGGUAAUUGUAAGCUUAUGCUUUCUGGACAAAUAUUGUUGAUUGUUACAUAUAUUAUUUGUGUACAUGAAAUAAUUUUCCACUAGAUGUUUAGAAAAGCUGGUGAAUUGGUUAGCAAAGGAAGACUAGAAACAGGUUUUUGUUAAAACUAGUAUGGUAAUAUGUACUGUGGUCUGAUAUUUGUAGAAUACUUGACUAAUCCUUAGAAAUAUGAACAUUGUGUAGGACUUGCUUGGUGAUGCCCCAUUCUAAAUUCAGCAUCUGUGAAGUUUAAUUCAAAUGAGGUAAAUGAUAUUCCAUAUUCCCAAUGAUAAAACUUGUAAUUCUAUAUUUUACUCAAUAUUUUUAUAAAUUGUUCCUUCUCUUUACUUCCAUUUAUUUUCUGAAACAAGUAAAUAACUUUAAAAGGUACUCAAAUUAAAAUAUAUAGUCAAAUCUCGCUACUAUGCCACCCCGCUACU